CCCUCUUCCUCCACCCCGCCAUCCUGACUCUCUCCCCCCUCAUUCCCUCAGAGAAUGUCCUCCUUCCAGCUCAACCUCAGUCCGCUCAAGGAGCCGCUCGACUUCAUCAAGGUCCUCGAGUGGAUUGCUUCCAUCUUUGCCUUUGCCACCUGUGGAGGCUAUAAAGGCAAAACAGAAAUUCAAGUGAGUUGCCCUCCUACAGUUACUGACAGUAAAACGAUUACAGCUACUUUUGGUGACCCAUUCAGAUUGAAUCAGGCAUCAUUUGAGUCAUGUCCAGAAGUAAAUGUGUGUAAUGUAAAUUGGAAAAAUGAAGUCCUCAUGGGAGAUUACUCCUCUGUGGCAUAAUUCUAUGUUACAUUUGCAGUCUUUGUGUUUCUGUUCUGCAUUGCUGCCCUUCCGCUUUAUGUUGGCUACACAAACCUGUGUCGGGGUAGUUAUAAACUUCCCAUGAUUGACUUUGUUGUUACAGUUGUUGACACUUUUUUAUGGUUGGUGGGCACUUCAGCCUGGGCUAAAGCUCUUACAGAUAUUAAAGUAACUACUGGUUACAGUAUUGUUCAGGAACUUGCACCUUGUAAGAAGUUGGGAGUGACAUGUCAUUUUGGCUCUGUGACCAGUAUGGGAUUCCUAAAUGUAUCUGUGAUCUUUGGCUUUCUGAAUCUGAUACUUUGGGGAGGAAAUGCUUGGUUUGUGUACAAGGAGACCAGCUUACACAGUCCAUCAAACACUUCUGCCUCCCAUAGCCAAGGAGGUAUUCCACCUCCUUCUGGAACAUAAUUAAAGGAAGAAAUACACUAUAUGAAAUAUAUGAUGAUACUAUGACAUGUUGCUAACAUCUUGAGAAGCAUUAUUUGUUUCUAAUAAAAGUGAUGGCUUUUUAAAUAAAUUGGUGGGUUUAAAACAUUGCUGCUUUUUUACAUUAAAGACUGUGCCUUUCUAGAAAUUUGAGAUGUAAAUGUAUUUUCACAUGUAAAUUUGAAAUUUUAGGGGGCUUGUUAUAAGAUGAUACACAUUUUUAAAUGAGUGGUAAUAUUUUUACUAAGCUGUUUGCCUUCCAAAGUGUUUACACCAUAAGCCUUAACAUGUAUCUUCACUCAGAAAAGAGUUAUAUUGCUAUAUCUUAAUUGGAAAAAAAAUCUUUAUUUGGAAUACCCUACUAUAAGUUUGAACAGAUCAUAUACCUAAGAACUAACUGUCUUUUCUUAAGAAAACCUUGUUAAGUAAAUUGUAUUUAGAAAAAAAACAUAUUUAGUUCAAAAUUUUAUCUAACACUGUUCAUGUUAUGAAAAAUGUUUAAUUGCAAAGACUUGUAUGUUUUAUUUCUGUUUUUUUAAGUGAC